GCGAACACAACAGCUACGUAGAUAGAAGGAGCAUCAUAUCAGUGAUGCUGUGAGCAUUAGUGUUACGGUUUUCUUUAUUGAUAUUAAUUUCACUUCCCUUGCAGAAAAUUUCCACUUUAAUGCUAUACGUUUUAUACAUUUCGUCGUUCAUUUUCACCCACACCCCGGUGGUUUUCGCUAGGCAUAACGUUACAUGCUAACAAUAGCUAGCUAACUGGCACAUAACUUAGAACAACAAACGCUAAAGUUAGACUCUGCGACAAAGAGACUCGUUGUGGGUAAAACUCCGGCACAAAUGGCCUUAUCGGAGACAGAGAAUGGGGGUUGCGGUGGUGAAGGAGGAGAGUCGGACGCUAUUGUAACAACGUUCGUGUUGGGGGGCUUCAGUGAGAGUGGUGAGACCAGAGCUCUCCUCUCCAGCCUGCCUGAGGUCCACGGGGACAUGGUGACAAGCGAGGCCACCACGCAGAAGUUCUUGGUGAUAAUGAACAGAUAUCAAGAGCAGCCUCAUUUGCUGGACCCGCACUUAGAAUGGAUGUUGAACAUGAUGCUGGAGUUUGUAAGGAGUGAGAAGUCUCCCCCUUCAUUGGUUCAUUUGAGCUUCAAGUUUCUCUACAUCAUCUGUAAGGUCAGGGGCUAUAAAAUCUUCAUGCAACUUCUUCCCCAUGAGGUUGCAGAUGUCCAGCCAGUUCUAGACCUGCUGUCCAGGCAGGAUCCCAAAGACUCUGAGACUUGGGAAACUCGCUACAUGUUGUUGUUGUGGCUGUCCAUGACCUGCCUCAUUCCCUUUGACCUUUAUCGUCUGGAUGGCCAUCUGGAGUCAGACGGUGGCAAGGCCAGAGAGUCCACCAUGGACCGUAUUCUAGCUAUUGCAAAGUCUUACCUAGUCGUUAGUGAUACUCCCAGGGAUGCUGCAACUGUACUGGUAUCAAAGUUCAUGACACGCCCUGAUGUGAAACAGAAGCGCCUCGGAGACUUUUUGGACUGGAGCCUCACCACUAUAUCCCAGACUGGUGACCAGUCAAUGAGAGACAUUAUGGUGCUAGAUGGUGCCUUGCAGUCUCUGGCGAAGCUUUUUAAACAUGGAAAACGAGAUGACCUAUUACCGUAUGCUCCCACAAUUCUGAAGUCUCUGGAGCAGAAAAAUCUAUCAGAGAGCAGCCAGGCCAUGCUGAGGAAGCUCGGUGUCAAACUAAUCCAGAGACUUGGCCUCAACUUCCUGAAGCCACGUUUGGCUGCUUGGAGGUACCAGAGAGGCAGCCGCUCCCUAGCAGCAAACCUUUCUAUGUCCCAGUCUACCGCUGCCGCUGUGACUCCUGAAGAGGAGACACAAGAACAGGAGGAGGACUAUGAUAUUCCUGAAGAAGUGGAGACUGUUAUUGAGCAUCUGCUGUUGGCACUGAAGGAUAAGGAGACAAUUGUGCGCUGGUCUGCAGCAAAGGGCAUUGGGAGGGUGACUGGGAGGCUUCCCAAGGAUCUGGCUGAUGAGGUGGUUGGAUCAGUGCUGGACUGCUUCAGCUUCCAGGAAACAGAUAAUGCUUGGCAUGGAGGUUGCCUGGCACUGGCAGAGCUUGGCAGGAGGGGCCUGCUGCUACCUUCCAGGUUGACAGAUGUUGUGCCACUCAUUGUCAAAUCCUUGACCUACGAGGAAAAGAGGGGAGCAUGCAGCGUUGGUUCCAAUGUGCGUGACUCUGCCUGCUAUGUGUGCUGGUCUUUUGCCAGGGCGUAUGAACCCCAGGAGCUCAAGCCUUUUGUCACUCAGAUUGCCAGUGCUUUGCUGAUCACGACUGUGUUUGACCGAAAUGUCAACUGCCGCAGAGCUGCCUCUGCUGCCUUUCAGGAGAAUGUCGGCAGACAGGGGACGUUUCCUCAUGGUAUUGAUAUUGUAACUGCGGCAGACUACUAUGCUGUUGGGAAUCUCAGCAACUGCUAUCUGAACAUUAGUGUCUAUGUAGCUAGCUUCCCCGAGUACACCAAGGCCAUGAUAGAUCAUUUGAUAGCCAUGAAGAUCAACCACUGGGAUACUGUGAUCCGAGAGCUCGCCACUAAAGCACUCCAUAACCUGACGCCUCAGGCACCGGAUUAUAUGGCAGCAACAGUUUUGCCACAGCUGUUGCCCAUGGCAGUGGGUAUUGACCUCCACGGUCGCCAUGGAGCCAUCCUGGCAUGUGCAGAGAUCACACAUGCUCUGUACAAACUGGGCCUUCAGACCAACAGGACCAUGGUGGACAUAAUUUCUCCAGAAUGUGUGGAUGCAUUAAAAAACAUUCACCAGAAGUUACAUGACAGAAAACAGUACAGGGGUUUUGGCGGAGAGCUAAUGAGGCCAGCAAUCUGCAGUCUUAUAGAAAAGCUUUCCUUGUCCAAAAUGCCUUUUAAGAACGACCCUGUAAUCACUGGGUGGCAGUGGCUUAUUGACGACACAAUAAAGACUCUUCAUCUUAUAUCUAGUGGGGUGAAGGAUGCAGUUAUGGUUUCAGUGGUAUCAGCCUUGUCGGCCUUGUGUGAGGAGUACUACCAGGUCGAGCCCGGCCAAGCUGACUCACAAAUGCAGGAGGUCCUGGUGUCUCAGUACAUUGAGGGGCUGAAGAGUCCUCAGAUGCUCAUUCGUUGUGGAUCUGCCCUCGCCCUCGGCUGUCUACCAACAUUUAUGAUCCUUGGCAAACUAAAGCAGAUUCUAGAAGGCCUCCAGCAGAUGUGCACUGUCAGCCAGAAGGAGGGGACUUUUACAGAGGCGAGGAGAGAUGCAGUCAAAGCAAUUGCCCAAGUGUGUGUGAAGGCAGGUGUUUGUGCACAUGGCUCCCCAGACUCCACUCUGUGCGCGGAGAACGUAGCAGAGGUGUAUGGCGCUCUGCUCAACAGCAUGAACGACUACACAACAGACAGCAGAGGGGACGUAGGGGCCUGGGUGAGAGAGGCAGCAAUGACUAGUCUGAUGGAUGUGACUAUGGUGGUGGCCAGCAGUGCUCCAGAGAUCCUUUCGCCAGACCUGGUGAAGUGUAUGAUGUGCUGCCUGGCCCAGCAGGCAGCAGAGAAGAUUGACCGCUACAGAGCCCACGCUGGCAACAUCUUCCUGCGCCUCCUCCAGAGCACAGAGCCUGUAAUCCCACACAUCCCCCACAGAGAGGAGCUGUUGAGCAUUUUUCCUGUUGAGACCUCAACCAGUCUGAACUGGAACGCUCCAUCCCAAGCUUUCCAGUAUAUCACCCAGCUGCUGGGACUGUCUCAGUAUCGAUGCCACACCCUGCUGGGUCUCACUGUGUCAGUGGGAGGGAUCACAGAGUCCACAGUGCAUUUUUCAUCUCAGUCGUUAUUUGACUAUCUGAGAGGGAUCCAGAACAAUAGUGCUGCCCUGGCACAGUUUGGAGAUACGUUGUUGAGCAUCUUCAGAGGCAAUCUCCGCAAUGACAGGGUGUCCAUUCCUUUCCUUAAGAUGCUUAAUCAGAUGCUUGCUAACAGCUGCUUUGAAAUCUUCACCACCCAAGAGAAUCAUCCGUUCUGUGUGGACCUUUUGACUCUUUGCAAGGAGUUCAAGAAAGCCAAAGAUAUUUCCAAGCUGCGUGCCUGUAUAGCUGUCUUCUGUGGGCUGAUCCAGUUCCAGGGUGAGGUGAGGAAAAGAGUUUUGGCUCAGCUGCUGAUGCUACUCUGCCAUUCCUUCCCUGUGAUCAGAAAGACCACGGCCAGUCAGAUGUACGAGAUGCUGCUGACCUACGAUGAUGUCAUAGAUCCCGAAGUGUUGGAUGAUGUCAUGACCCUGCUAAGCGAUACUAAUUGGGAGAGUGAACUUGCCACAGUUCGGACCCACAGGAAUCAGCUCUGUGAUUGGUUGGGAGUUGCCAAGCCACAGGUGGUUACCAAGAGCCCCGUCCAGGUUUCCUGAUCACCUGUGGCUGUGAAAAACCAGCUGCUAGUAAUUUACAUGGACAGCAUGCUGUAAGAAUCAAGAAUGGCCUGUGAGUUCUGCUUUUCUGAAGCUGCCCUGUGUCAGAUGGUCUGUCCACCUGCCAAAGAACAACACAUGAAACAAAUCACAAUCUGACAGUUUAACAUAAAAAUAAAUGGACGAAAAGAUCAGUUAUUUCCCCUAUCUUGUUAAUAUUACUACAAAGUUCCUGAACACCAGGUGUAUCCGAUCAAACACUCUUGACUGUGAUAAAAUCCAGCACUCUGUGAAUCACUUGUACUCUACUUUGUUAACAAUGUUUUGCCCCUUUCGGUCCUUGCCUGAUAAUUAUUAGUAAAGUGAAAUAGUGUACUGCAUCUUUUGUUUUUGACUCUGUUAUUGCAACUUCCAAAUGCUAAGUAGCACAUACUACAUUAUAUGUGUAUAAAGCUUUCAUUGUUGUUUUCUGAACACCUUUCUCACAUGUCCCAUUUAGGUCACAGACUAGUGAGACUUUAGACAUGUUUACUUCUAACUUGUACCUGGAACAAUACAGAUAGGUGAAACUGAAACCAGACUUUGCGUACUCUCCCGGGAAAUGGUUGCCAUUUAGCCGCUUUGGCACAAAACGUGGAAUGUCACUGGGGCCCUGCUUCCCCUUGGGUCCCAUGCAGACCUACUUUUUCUGCAUCGGUGGAGGUGCCAGGGACUGGAAGAGUCCCAGGCCCGGUUGCCUGUGGAACAGAGCCUGUUGUGUCACCAUUAGUCCAGGCUUUCUCAUUAGAGUCUGAUAGUGGCCACAUUGUCUCAGUCAGCUUCCCUGUCUGACACUGACAAAGAUGCAAUUGUUGCGAUUAUUUAGAAUUAGGUGGUUUCUGCUUGUUUAUCAUACAUUGCAGAAACUCGCAAAGCAAGUAAUCACUAUAUUGCAUGACAUUUUUCUGUAACACGAUUAAUGUAACUAGGUUUAUCCUUUCCCCAUGUAUUUGGCUUUCUGUAUUUCAGCAGCUCUUGUGUGUGUGUGUGUGUGUGUGUGUGUGUGUGUGAAUAAUCAUGAUUAUUCCAAAUUAAAAUGGAUCUUCACUAACUUGUGAUUUUUUAAUUUCCACUCUUUAAUAGUGGUCACUUAAUUUGAUUAGUAUUAUUAUGGAAACUCUGCAGUUUGACAUGUUUGUAAUUGUACUAAAUGUGAUGCUGACUUUGAGGUCAUUUACAUCUAAAGCCACACUUCAUCAAAUUUAAGCCGUCUCCAUUACUCAUAUACAUAUGAACACUGCCCUGCUUCAGCAAAACAUACAUUUGGUUUAAAGAUACAUACAUAUCAUGCAGACUAUUAUUACAAAAUAACUGUAGUCACCACCAGAAUAAAUUGUGUCCAAGAAAAAUGAAUGUACCAAUGAUCACGUUGUUGUUUAUCUUAUUGCUAUCCUGCCUAAUAAAAGCUGAGUUAGUGUC